AUGGGUGAACAAGUGGACAACAAGAUCACUCAAGCCGCUGGCCCUGAGGGGUCCGUUCGGGAGGGUUCCACCGAUGGAAAUGAUAUGAAGAAUGACAACUAUGGGGACGAGGUUCAUGUUGUCGACAAGGCGGCAGAGCGCCGUCUAUGUCGCAAGCUGGACUUCAGGCUCAUGCCUGUUCUUGCGAUAAUGUAUCUCUUCAACGCCCUGGACAAGGGAAAUAUCGGUAAUGCGGAGACUGAUGGUUUGAGUUCUGACCUCAAUUUCAAGGAGGGCGAAUACAACCUGAUUGUUAGCAUCUUUUUUGUGCCUUUUGUUGCCGCUGCACCCUUCGUGGCUCUGAUCGGCAAGAAGUUCGGCCCUGCAGUCGUUUUACCGAUCCUUAUGUUCACCUUUGGCACCAUGACUAUGCUCAUGGCUGCAGCACAGAACUUUAGUGGCGUAUUUGCGUUACGUUGGUUCCUGGGCAUGGCGGAGUCGGCUUUCUUCCCCUUGGUCAUCUACUACCUGACCACAUUCUACCGCCGUGGUGAACUGGCUCGUCGCUUGGCCGUUUUCUAUGCCGCCUCGAACAUUGCAAACGCAUUUUCGGGCCUGCUUGCUUUUGGUGUCUUCCACAUUACAAACACCAGCCUGUACCCCUGGCGUUGGCUGUUCAUCAUUGAGGCGAGCGCAACCAUCCUCUUCUCCAUAUUUGCGUUUUGGUAUCUUCCCAGAAGCGCGGCCGAAGCCAAAUUCCUCACGGCCGAGGAAAAGGCCCUUGCCCAUCAUCGCAUCCGUGUCGAUAGUUCUUCAGUUGUUGGAGAGAAGAUGAGCAUAAGAGAAAGUGCUAAAGUCUUCAAGCACCCGACUACAUUUGGGUUUCUUGCUAUUGAGAUAUGUCUUGGAGUUCCCCUUCAAAGUGUUGCUCUCUUUAUGCCUCAAAUCAUCCAGCGAUUAGGCUAUAGCACUGUCAAGACGAACCUAUAUACCGUGGCCCCGAAUGUCACAGGUGCUGUCAUGCUCUUGGUACUAGCGUUUCUUUCCGACUGGCGUCGGCUACGGUUUCCUUUCAUUGCUUUGGGUUUCAGCCUAACAUUUAUCGGCUUCAUCAUCUAUGCGGCGAUCGAUGAUGUUGAACAAGAGUUGCAACUGGCUUACUAUGCUUGUUUCAUGAUGACUUGGGGUACAUCAGCGCCGAGUGUUUUACUAUCAACGUGGUAUAACAACAACGUCGUGAAUGAAAACCAACGUGUGCUCUUGACCUCCAUUGGCGUGCCAUUGGCGAACCUUAUGGGCCUCGUUAGCAGUAACAUUUUCCGCAAACCGGACGCUCCGAAAUACGGUCCCGCCUUGAUUACUACGGCUUCAUUUGGUGGAACAGGCGUUGUAUUUGCGCUUUGUCUGGGAUUUUACAUGGUUUGGGAUAAUAAGAGGAGGAAUCGUGCGCAAGGUGUUAAUCUCACUGCUAGUGAUGUGCCAACCUCGAAGUUGGGUGAUGGUCCAAGAAGUCCUGACUUCCGCUGGUUUUUGUAA